AGAAAGAAAGAUAAAAGCACUGCAAAACACAAACACACGUCCUUACUCUAUAAAUAAAUUCAUCAUUUCCAUCUCUUCAACAAGGAAUCUCAACCAAACAGAACCUAGCUGCAGGUUCUUACGGGCGGCGCUCUUUCUCUCUGAAAAGUGAAAACCGUUUUCUCUGCUUUUUUCGCCAAACAGAUCUUCGCGCCAACGACACAGAACAACACAAACACGUCGAUUCUUCCCUUUUUCUUCUUCUCUAAUUUCUGUUUCUAUUCCGGCGUCGUUCUGUCUCAGAAGCAAAGCACACACGGCCUGGAUUUGAUUGAUUUGCGGUUGAAAAACCUAGAUCUAACGUGAAACAAAAUUUGAAAAAAAAAAUUAAAAUCUAUAACAGAAAACACAUCGUUUUUUCUCUCGGAAAAUUUUUCCGUGUACGAAAAAUCUGAACGAAACGAUGUCGUCUUCUUCACUUUCGUUCGCAGCGGCUCCGGCUUGGUCUGCGUGCACUCUACCGUCGAAUAUCGCAAGCAGCAGGACGCAGCUCAAUGUGCGAACUGUGGCGAAGGCGAAACCGAUGAGCUUCUUCGGUACUCGUUUGCGUUCGAGCUGCAGGUCACUCGGUUCGGAGCGGCUGCACGUGUGGCGGUCGCAGGGGCCAGGGAGGUCGCCGGAGCUGAGGGUGGUGGUCCGGUCGGCAUUGUCGGCUGUACCAGAGAAGCCGAUGGGGCUUUACGAUCCAGCUAUGGAUAAGGACUCAUGCGGAGUGGGGUUCGUAGCGGAGCUGUCCGGCGAGGGCAACCGUAAAACGGUGACAGAUGCUUUGGAGAUGUUGGUGCGCAUGACGCACAGGGGAGCUUGCGGGUGCGAAGCAAACACUGGAGACGGAGCCGGGAUUCUUGUGGCUCUACCUCACCAGUUUUACACGGAGGUCGUGGAUUUUGAGCUUCCACCUCCUGGAAAAUAUGCAGUUGGCAUGUUUUUCUUGCCCACCUCCGACAGUCGUAGGGAAGAGAGCAAAAAUGUAUUUAGAAAGGUUGCCGAAUCACUGGGCCACUCUGUUCUUGGCUGGCGUUCUGUGCCCACUGAUAAUACAGGAUUGGGCAAAUCGGCCCUGCAGACCGAACCAGUGAUUGAACAAGUGUUUCUUACGCCAAGCACCAAAUCAAAACUUGAUUUGGAAAGACAGAUGUACAUAUUAAGGAAGCUUUCAGAUGCUGCUAUAACAUCAGCUUUAGACCUCCAUAGUGAUGGCAUUGCUGAUUUUUAUACAUGUUCACUUUCAUCAAGGACUGUUGUUUAUAAAGGUCAGUUAACACCAGCUCAGUUGAAGGGUUACUACUUUGCAGACCUUGGCAAUGAAAGGUUUACGAGCUACAUGGCCCUGAUACAUUCACGAUUCUCAACUAAUACUUUUCCUAGUUGGGAUCGUGCUCAACCAAUGCGAGUUUUGGGCCACAAUGGAGAAAUCAACACACUUAGAGGCAAUGUUAACUGGAUGAAGGCACGUGAGGGCCUACUAAAGUGCAAGGAGCUUGGUCUAUCCGAGAACGAGUUAAAGAAGCUUUUGCCCAUUGUGAAUACAACUUCAUCUGAUUCAGGUGCUUUUGAUGGCGUGCUUGAGUUUUUGGUUCAGUCUGGAAAAAGUCUUCCUGAAGCUGUCAUGAUGAUGAUCCCUGAAGCAUGGCAAAAUGACAAGAACAUGGAUCCCCAGCGUAAAGCAUUUUACGAGUAUUUCUCGGCUCUCAUGGAGCCAUGGGAUGGGCCUGCUCUUAUAUCAUUUACUGAUGGUCACUAUCUUGGAGCAACAUUGGAUAGGAAUGGUCUGCGGCCAGGCCGCUUUUAUGUCACUCACAGUGGACGAGUUAUAAUGGCAAGUGAAGUUGGGGUUGUAGACAUUCCUCCUGAAGACGUUUGUAGGAAAGGAAGACUAAAUCCUGGCAUGAUGCUUCUAGUAGAUUUUGAGAAGCAUGCUGUUGUGAAUGAUGAUGCCUUGAAGGAACAGUACUCUUUGUCACGGCCUUAUGGGGAGUGGCUAAAAAAUCAGAAGAUUCAGCUCCAAGACAUAGUUGACUCUGUUCAUGAAUCUGAAAGAGUGCCUCCAAGCAUAGCCGGGGUGAUUCCAGCAUCUGGUGAUGAUGCAGAUAUGGAAAAUAUGGGAAUUCAUGGUUUACUGACUCCAUUGAAAGCUUUUGGCUAUACAGUUGAAUCCUUGGAGAUGUUAUUACUUCCCAUGGCAAAGGAUGGUACAGAAGCCCUUGGUUCAAUGGGAAAUGAUACUCCACUAGCUGUCAUGUCUAACCGGGAGAAGCUUACUUUUGAGUACUUCAAGCAAAUGUUUGCCCAAGUGACAAACCCACCUAUUGAUCCUAUUCGUGAGAAAAUAGUCACUUCCAUGGAAUGUAUGGUUGGUCCAGAAGGUGACCUAACAGAAAUUACUGAGGAACAAUGCCACCGUCUUUCACUAAAAGGCCCUCUUUUAUCCAUUGAACAAAUGGAAGCCAUUAAAAAGAUGAAUUAUAGGGGAUGGCGGAGCAAAGUGAUAGACAUCACAUACUCAAAGGAUCGUGGUAAGAAAGGGUUGGACGAAGCUUUGGACAGGAUAUGUGCAGAAGCACAUGAUGCAAUUAAUGCUGGCUACACCACCCUUGUGCUGUCUGAUAGAGCCUUCUCAAGGAAACGGGUUUCUGUUAGCUCCCUCUUGGCCGUUGGUGCUGUCCAUCAACAUCUAGUUCCACCAAAAGCUGGUGGGGAAUUCUACUCAAAAGGUGAAUUGGUCAAGAAGUACUUCAAAGCAAGCAACUAUGGAAUGAUGAAGGUCCUUGCGAAGAUGGGAAUAUCUACUUUGGCCUCUUACAAAGGUGCUCAGAUUUUUGAAGCUCUGGGUCUUUCCUCAGAAGUAAUUGAAAGGUGCUUUGCCGGAACCCCAAGCCGAGUUGAGGGGGCAACAUUUGAGAUGCUUGCUCGCGAUGCUCUUAAAUUGCAUGAAUUGGCAUUUCCUCCUCGUGUUUUCUCUCCUGGGAGUGCUGAAGCUGUUGCUUUGCCAAAUCCUGGCGAUUACCACUGGAGAAAAGGUGGUGAAAUUCACUUGAAUGAUCCACUUGCUAUAGCAAAGCUUCAAGAGGCUGCCAGAACUAACAGUGUAGAUGCAUAUAAACAGUACUCCAAGAUCAUUCAUGAGUUAAAUAAGGCUUGCAACUUGCGAGGAAUACUGAAAUUUAAAGAGGCAGCAGUGAAGAUUUCACUUGAUGAAGUUGAACCUGCUAGUGAGAUAGUUAAACGAUUUUGCACUGGGGCCAUGAGUUAUGGGUCAAUCUCAUUGGAGGCGCACACAACAUUGGCAACUGCUAUGAAUAAGAUUGGAGGGAAAUCCAACACAGGUGAGGGUGGUGAGCAACCAUCACGCAUGGAGCCUCUUCCUGAUGGCUCAAUGAACCCAAAAAGAAGUGCUAUCAAGCAGGUUGCUAGUGGGAGAUUUGGUGUUUCAAGUUACUAUCUUACAAAUGCUGAUGAAUUGCAGAUAAAGAUGGCCCAGGGAGCUAAACCAGGAGAGGGAGGUGAACUUCCUGGCCACAAGGUUGUAGGAGACAUUGCUGUCACCAGGAAUUCAACUCCUGGGGUAGGACUUAUCAGCCCCCCACCUCAUCACGAUAUUUAUUCCAUUGAAGAUCUUGCCCAAUUAAUUCAUGAUCUAAAGAAUGCCAACCCGGCUGCUCGAAUUAGUGUCAAGUUGGUAUCAGAAGCUGGAGUAGGCAUAAUUGCUAGUGGAGUUGUUAAAGGGCAUGCUGACCAUGUCUUGAUCUCCGGCCAUGAUGGAGGGACAGGGGCAUCCAGGUGGACUGGAAUAAAGAAUGCUGGGCUCCCUUGGGAACUUGGCUUGGCCGAGACCCACCAAACUUUGGUAGCUAAUGACCUCCGUGGUCGCACAACUCUCCAAACUGAUGGGCAACUCAAAACAGGAAGAGAUGUGGCCAUAGCUGCUCUCCUUGGUGCAGAAGAGUUUGGUUUCAGUACAGCUCCACUCAUUACUCUCGGUUGCAUUAUGAUGCGGAAGUGCCACAAGAAUACCUGUCCUGUUGGCAUUGCUACCCAAGAUCCAGUACUCAGAGAAAAGUUUGCUGGAGAACCUGAGCAUGUCAUCAACUUCUUCUUCAUGGUUGCUGAAGAGAUGAGAGAAAUUAUGGCCCAGCUUGGGUUUAGGACUGUCAAUGAGAUGGUUGGCCGUUCAGACAUGCUUGAAGUUGAUAAAGAAGUCACUAAGACCAGUGAGAAAUUGCAGAACAUUGAUCUCUCUCUAUUGCUUAGACCUGCAGCUGAACUGCGGCCAGAAGCUGCUCAAUACUGUGUGCAAAAACAAGAUCAUGGUUUGGACAUGGCUUUGGAUAAUAAGCUCAUUGGUUUGUCCCAUGCUGCUUUGGAGAAGGGUCUCCCAGUAUACAUUGAAAGUCCAAUUUAUAAUGUGAACCGUGCUGUGGGAACUAUGCUUAGCCAUGAGGUGACCAAAAGGUACCUCUUAGAUGGUCUUCCUAAUGACACCAUUCAUAUCAGAUUUACAGGAAGCGCAGGCCAGAGCUUUGGUGCAUUCCUUUGUCCUGGUAUCACUCUGGAACUUGAAGGCGAUAGCAAUGAUUAUGUUGGUAAAGGGUUGUCUGGCGGCAAGAUUGUAGUAUAUCCUCCAAAGAAGAGUACCUUUGACCCAAAGACUAAUAUUGUAAUUGGUAAUGUGGCACUCUAUGGAGCUACACGUGGUGAGGCAUAUUUCAAUGGGAUGGCCGCAGAAAGAUUUUGUGUGCGUAAUUCUGGGGCUAAGGCGGUAGUUGAAGGCGUUGGAGAUCAUGGAUGCGAGUAUAUGACUGGUGGGAUAGUAGUUGUCCUUGGAAACACUGGCCGAAAUUUUGCGGCAGGAAUGAGUGGUGGAAUUGCUUACGUUCUUGAUAUGGAUGGAAAAUUCCAAUCUCGAUGCAACCAGGAACUUGUAGAUUUGGACAAGGUUGAGGAGGAGGAGGAUAUUAUUACUCUUAGAAUGUUGAUACAACAACAUCAGCGUCACACAGAUAGCGUGCUUGCCAAAGAAGUGCUUUCUGACUUUGAAAAUCUUCUUCCAAAAUUUAUCAAGGUGUUCCCCAGGGAGUACAAACGUGUUUUGGCUGGUAUGAAGUCAAAGGAAGCCUCCAAAAACGCAUCUUCGCCUGCUGCAAUUGCAGAAGAGGGGCCAGAUGAAGCAGAACUGAAUGAGAAAGAUGCUUUUGAAGAGCUUAAGAAAAUGGCUGCUGCAUCUUCAAAUGGGAAGCCAAGUCAGAAGGUUGAACAGGCUGAAUCAUCCAAGAGACCCAGUAGAGUCACUGAUGCAGUUAAACAUAGAGGUUUUGUUGCUUAUGAGCGUGAAGGUGUUCAGUAUAGGGAUCCUAAUGUUCGGAUGAACGAUUGGAAGGAAGUGAUGGAGGAGUCGAAGCCUGGCCCACUUCUGAAAACCCAGUCAGCCCGUUGCAUGGACUGUGGUACUCCUUUCUGUCAUCAGGAAAAUUCUGGAUGUCCUCUUGGAAAUAAAAUACCAGAGUUUAAUGAGUUAGUAUACCAAAAUAGGUGGCGAGAGGCAUUGGAAAGGCUUCUCGAGACAAAUAACUUCCCCGAGUUCACUGGUCGGGUGUGCCCAGCACCCUGUGAAGGUUCUUGUGUCCUUGGCAUUAUUGAGAAUCCAGUGUCUAUUAAAAGCAUUGAAUGUGCUAUCAUAGACAAGGGAUUUGAGGAGGGUUGGAUGGUGCCACGGCCUCCCCCCAAAAGAACUGGGAGAAGAGUUGCCAUUGUUGGAAGCGGACCAGCUGGGUUGGCAGCUGCUGAUCAACUGAAUAAAAUGGGACACACAGUAACUGUGUAUGAGAGAGCUGACAGGAUUGGAGGGCUUAUGAUGUAUGGGGUUCCCAACAUGAAAACAGACAAAGUGGAUAUAGUUCAACGACGGGUCAACCUUAUGGCAGAGGAGGGAGUCAAUUUUAUGGUGAAUGCUAAUGUUGGACAUGAUCCUAUGUACGCUCUUGGUCGGCUUCAAGAAGAAAAUGAUGCUAUUGUGUUAGCUGUCGGAGCUACGAAACCAAGGGAUCUUCCUGUUCCUGGGCGGGAGUUGUCAGGAGUUCAUUUUGCCAUGGAGUUUCUUCAUGCAAACACUAAAAGCUUGCUCGAUAGCAAUCUUCAAGAUGGUAACUACAUUUCUGCAAAGGGAAAAAAAGUUGUGGUCAUUGGUGGGGGUGAUACGGGCACAGAUUGCAUAGGGACAUCCAUUCGUCAUGGGUGUAGUAGCAUAGUAAACCUUGAACUUCUCCCACAGCCUCCCGAAACUAGGGCACCAGGCAACCCUUGGCCACAGUGGCCUCGCGUAUUCCGUAUAGAUUACGGGCACCAAGAAGCUGCAGCUAAAUUUGGCAAAGAUCCAAGAUCUUAUGAGGUAUUGACUAAGCGGUUUGUGGGAGAUGAGAAUGGAGUUUUGAAGGGACUUGAAGUCAUACGAGUCCGCUGGGAAAAGGAUGAGACAGGGAAGUUUCAGUUUAAGGAAAUUGAGGGCAGUGAGGAAAUCAUCGAGGCUGAUCUAGUGUUACUUGCCAUGGGAUUCCUUGGCCCUGAAUCUACAAUUGCAGAGAAAUUGGGUAUGGAGCGAGACAACAGGUCAAACUUCAAGGCAGAUUAUGGUCGCUUCUCAACCAGUGUGAAAGGUGUCUUUGCAGCCGGCGAUUGUCGCCGUGGCCAGUCCCUCGUGGUAUGGGCAAUUUCGGAGGGACGCCAAGCUGCUUCACAAGUUGAUAGGUACCUCACGAAAGAAGACACAGAGUACAACAUUGCUCAUACCAAGAGGCAGCAGCAAGACCUCACCAAGAGACAGCAGGGCGGUAGCAAGUACACAGUGAUGACUUAAAAGAACUCUCACCUGUGAUUUUUUUCCCCUUUCGUUUCAUACAGUAGCAGACAGAGAAUAAGAAUAAGAUGGUUCCAAGAUUGAGCAGGGUGUUCUUUUUGUUUUACCAUAGGCAUUAUUAUUAUUGGUUGGUAGUAGUUGACGCACACCAAUAAGGAGAAAAAUUAGGAAGCUAGGAUUGUAGUAUAAUCAGAGCAAGAGGUUUGUCUUGCUGUUUGGUCGCUCAAGGGUACAAGGUGAUUUCAUUCAAAUCUUGUUCAUAGUUUUGAUGUGUUUGGAAAGGCAAGCUGUUAGCUAAUUAUUAUUAUUGUAUUGUGUGAAAUGAAAUGUACAGUUUGGAAAUUUAUUAUUGAUUUCAGAUUUGAUGUUUCCUUUA